ACUAGAGGAGCACGUGACAGUGAGUAACGCGAAGCACAGAAAGCAGAGACAUCGGUUCCUGGGUGCGACAUCGCGUAUUGUAAAGCUCACCAUGGCUCGUUUCGGACUCCUCUGCACCUUACUGCUGUUUGGAACAGCAUAUGGACUUCUGGGUGAGCAUCGCUGUAGCUGGGGCCCUGGUUACUGGUGCCAGGGUAUCGACACUGCCAAGGAGUGUGGGGCGAUCGACCACUGUGCACAGGCUGUAUGGAGCAAGCAGGAAGUCAAGAGCGAUCCUACCUGUGAUACCUGUGAAGAAGUCGUGGGGCUGGCCAGAAUGAUCAUUGGCAUGAAUGCUACUGAGGAAGAAAUCCUUGAAGUGGUGGAGAAGGCUUGUACUGUCCUGCCAGAUGCACUGCAGGACUCGUGCAAAACCCUGGUAGAGACCUACGGCCCUGAAGUCAUACAACUCCUGAAGUCUGAACUGGAUCCGCAAGCAGUGUGCCAGGCUCUGAAACUUUGCACGGAAGGGAAGGCGCUGCCUCAGAAACCUGCUCCUGAGAAGCCCCUGGAUCUGUGCCCAGAGUGUGAGGCUGCUGUUAAAAAGGCCAAAGAACUGGUGGACAAGAAUACAACAGAGGCACAGGUUGUUGAGUUCUUGAAAGUACAUCUGUGCGAGCAGCUGGGUGCUCUUGCAUCUGCACAGUGCAACUCUACCAUGGACACCUAUGGACCUAUUGUCUACAAGCUUCUGGAACAGAAAAUUGACCCUGACAAGAUCUGCAAAGCUAUUGGACUGUGCAAGAAUGCUACCUUUGUGCACCAGCCAAUCAAACCAGUCCUACAGCAACCCAAUGACUUGUGCGAUGACUGCAAACUGGUCAUGACAGAGGUUCAGGCGUUGAUCAAGAGCAACAAGAGUGAGGUGGCGAUAUUAUGGACUAUGGUGAUAUUAUGGACACAGAUGUUAAUGAUUUAUGUUGUAUACUUACAGUGUGAUUCCCUGAUUGAUACCUACGGACCAAUCAUCUUCAACCUCUUGGAACAAGAACUGGACCCAGAGAAGGUGUGCCAGGCCAUCGGGUUCUGCCCCUCCCUGAAAGCCCUGAGGAUGACAGUGCUGCAGCCUGCCCAGGAGGUGGUCCAGACAGAGAAGGUGGGGGAGAGUGUCGGGUGUGUCAUCUGUGAGUUUGUCAUGCAGCUGGUGGAUGAAGAACUGAGUGCCAACUCCACCGAGAAAGAGAUCACUGAUGCGCUGGACAAGGUGUGCAGCCACUUCCCCGACACCAUCCGCGACGAGUGCACGGACUUCGUGAACGAGUACGGUCCUGCCGUCAUUCAGCUGCUGAAGCUGGAGUUGGACCCCCAGCGCAUCUGUAAGACCAUCGGCCUGUGUGAUGAGUCCAACUCUGUCAGGCUUGUGAAAGGAGUAGGGUCCGAGCUGUGCCCUGUGUGUAAGAUCCUGGUACAGUAUGCUGACUCUCUGCUCCUGGAAAACUCAACAAAGAAGGAAAUUAAGGAUGUGGUGGACAAGAUCUGCAACUUCCUGCCAUCAAGCGUCAAGACAGAGUGCCACACUGUUGUGGAGCAGUAUGGUGAUGCCAUUGCAGAACUGAUGGAGCAGGCUCUUGAUCCAGACUUUGUCUGCACGAAGGUUGGAGCGUGUGACAGCAAAGACAACCUGUGCAACCUGGGGCCUGGGUACUGGUGCAGUGGGAUGGAACAGGCCAAAGCCUGUGAUGCUGUGGAACAUUGCCAGACCCACUGGUGGAACUAACCGUCAUACCUGCUGUGCUGGUGUCUCUUGGAAUCCAGCAACAACGUAAAAUUAUCAAUGCAACGCUUGCUUAUAUUAAUAUUUCUGCAUCUUUCAAUGUACUCCGUUGCAGCUCCCAGAAUAUCUCAUGUUUCAUGAAAUAUUAUAAAUGGUUUGUCCAUGACAGAUCCAUUCACUACUAAAAGGUGACAUAGACCUGAAAAUUAAUGUAUCAGAGAUCUAUAGAACUACAUAAGACAGCAUCCUUUUUUUUACUUCUGAAGACUUUGACUUCAAAUGCUUCUUUUCACCACUUUUCUUGCCACUUACAGUUUUUUCCAGGGUUUCUUCUUUUGAAUGAUUUACCAAUAGUAGUGACAGAUAUAGACAAGACAAUCAGCCAGUUUGAUUUUAUAGGUGUAAGAGGUAUUGAUUUGUAAUGGUGAACAGAUACAAUAUAAAAUAUAUAUUGAGUUGUAGAUUUUUUUUGCGAUGAUGCUGUCUGGAGUUAACUGCUAAAGGAUGUAGUCUUGUUUGUGAUUGCAGUGUAGAUUUAAUGUUUGCAUAUUUGUACCACUAAAGAACUCAAAUUAUAUGAGAUACAAUGUUUGUUGUGUCUGCAGUUUAAUUCUUUGUAUAACUAUUGUUCUCUUGGACUCUUAAGUUUAUCACUUUCAAAGAUACUCCAAAGAUGUAAAUGUGCAUAGAAUGGAAUGAAUAAACCAGGAGAACUUUCCA